ACAAAUCAAACUGUACAAACAAAUUAGAUCUAAACUUUUGUACGAAAAACAAUAAUAUUUGUUAGUAAGUUAUUAAUAAGGAAAACAAUAAUUUGAGGAUGUGUUAAAACAGUGAGUUUGGUUGUCAGUCACAUGUAAGAAAAAACAGAAGUACACAGAUGUUUGAGAUUUUAUAGUUUUGUUAUCUUGGCUCAGAUUUUCACGCAUGCAUAGGGGCGCGUACAAUUACAAGAUCGAAUCCCUUAUUAGUCUUGCGCAUGGGUCCCAUCACUCCUGACUACACCGUUACUUUUGUCGCCUAGUGGUCCGUGCAUGUCACAAGCCUCUUGCUUUCUCCUAAGGCGCGUCGGUGUUUUACUUCACAAUAGUUUUCCGACAUUGAUUCGGUCGUCGUCACGACCUUAGACCACCCGCAUCGGAGGUUUAUGAGGGAGUCAUGGGCAGGGGCGAAGCUACCCAGUGGAAAGAGGGUGCACGUGCACACCCAAUUUUUUGAAAAUUUAAUGUUAACUGUUAUGAAUUUAUGAUUGUGCACCCUUAAAAAAUCUGUACCAAACCAUAAUGAAAAUAAAAAGAAAAAACAACUAAACCCAUUAAAGAUUAAAUUAACUCCAAAGCCCAAUUAUAUUCUCUACACUUUUUUUUUGUUAAACCCUAACUAUUCUUAGUUAUGUCUACGGCUGAUACAAAAUUUUAAUCUUCCAAGCUUCUUCUUAAACGUGAAACGUGCAAGUACAAAUCAUCAAAUCUAAUUGAGAGAGUUUUUUUUCUCUUGUCUACCAUACAAAACUGGUAAUUAAUUAAAUAUUAUUUAUGUUUAUGCAAUUAUGCUUUGAAUUGUUCAAUUGUUCCAACAAUGUCAAUGUCUAUGAUUAGUAAUUAUUUAAAUAUCAUCUGAAUUUUUGUUUCAGUCGUACAAGUCCAAGGUCAAAGAUAGAGGCUGUACUCUUGAUUAGAAUUGAUCGUUUACAGGUUUUACUUACUUAUAAUUUUUAUGAAUAAUAUUUUUGCUAGACCGUAUGUUUUUAUUUAUGUUAUGUUUUUGGUUUUGUAGAUUAAUCAAUGGAACGGUACUACAAACCAGCAUCAGUUUCACCAUCUGAUAACACCUUACCAUCUAAUGAUACUGAUGAUUUGCCGUGGGAUCCUGCUAAAAGAAAAAAUAUCAAGGAUUAUAAUGCAAAUCAAGUCGAUGAGGUAAGACGCAAGUACCUUCUUAGAGGCCCGUGUCAACCACUUGGUCAUAACUUUGAAAAGAGACUCAUAGGUGGUAAAAUGAGACGAUUCAAUCCAGCUUGGUUUGGUCUGUAUGGUAAUUGGCUAGAGUAUAGUGUAUCAGAGGAAAAAGCUUAUUGUUUGUGUUGCUACUUGUUUAGAGAUGAUGCGUAUCCUGGAUUUGUGAGGGAUGGAUUCUCGAAUUGGCAUAAGCCUGAUAGGUUAUCUUUCCAUGUAGGAGAGCUUAACAGUUCUCACAAUAAUGCUGUCAAGAAGUGUGAUGAUUUGAUGAAUCAAGGUCAAUCCAUAGUGCAUGCUAUGUAUAAGAAGACUAAUGCGAUGAAAAAUGAGUAUCGUAUCAGAUUAAAUGCUUCUGUUGAUGUUUCUAGAUACUUAUUGCGACAAGGAUUAGCUUUUCGAGGUCAUAGAGAAGGAGAAGAUUCUUCUAACAAAGGCAACUUUUUAGAACUUCUGAAAUACACAGCUGAUCACAAUGAUAUUAUAAGAAAAGUUGUUUUGGAGAAUGCUCCGGGAAAUAACAAGAUGGUUUCUUCAGAGAUUCAAAAGGACAUUGUAAACGCUUUUGCAGAAGAAGUGGUGAAAUCUGUUAUAGAAGAAAUUGAUAACGGAGUGUUUGGUCUAUUAGUAGAUGAAUCUGCUGAUGUGUCUGACAAAGAACAGAUGGCUGUUGUUUUUCGAUUUGUUGAUAAGAAAGGAGCAGUCAAAGAAAGGUUCGUUGGAGUUGUCCAUGUGAAAGAGACUUCUUCUUUAUCUUUGAAGCAUGCUAUUGAUGAGUUGUUUGCUAAGUAUGGACUGAGCUUAAAAAAAGUGAGAGGACAAGGUUAUGACGGAGCUAGUAAUAUGAAAGGAGAGUUCAAUGGGUUGCGAUCAUUGAUUACUAAAGAAAACAGCUCUGCAUAUUAUGUUCAUUGCUUUGCUCAUCAACUUCAGUUGGUUGUAGUGGCUGUUGCGAAAAAGAUAUUUGAGAUUGCUGAUUUCUUUGAUAUGGUUUCUAUGUUACUGAAUGUGGUUGGAGCUUCUUGCAAACGGAAAGAUAAAGUCCGGGAAAAUUAUCGAGACGAGAUAAAUGUUGGAAUUGCUAGUGGUGACAUUAACACUGGGAAAGGACAGAAUCAAGAAAUUUCUUUUCAAAGGCCUGGAACUACAAGGUGGGGUUCUCAUUAUAAAACGUUGUUGCGUUUGGUUGGGUUGUUUUCUACUAUUAUUAAAGUUCUUGAGUAUAUCGAAGAGGAAGGCGCCGAUGAUUCUAAGAGAUGCCAGGCAUAUGGUCUUCUCAAGUAUGCUCAGACAUUUGAUUGUGUGUUCUAUAUGCAUCUGAUGUUACUUAUUUUGGGAAUAUGUGAGAAUCUAUCAAUGGCUUUGCAAAGCAAAAAUCAAGACAUUUUGAAUGCUAUGUCACUAGUAGAAUCUACUAAGCGGGAAUUACAGAGAGUAAGAGAUGAUGGAUGGGAUUCACUUAUGUUGACAAUUUCUUCUUUUUGUGAGAAACAUGAUACUCAGAUGCUCGAUAUGGAAGAAGGUUUUAUCGAUUCUCGGAGGCCAAGGAAAAAAACCAACAUCACUAAUUUGCAUCACUAUAAGGUUCAUUGCUUUAAUGCAACUUUGGAUUUGCAACUUCAGGAAUUCAACGAUCGUUUUACUGAGGUAAACACUGAGCUGCUUAUUUGUAUGGCUUCCUUAAAUCCUAUUGGUGCUUUUCGUGGAUUUGACAAGUCAAAGUUGGUGAAGUUGGCUAAGUUCUAUCCAGAUGACUUCAGUUUUAUGGACUGUUUAUCGCUUGAGCAACAACUUGGUAUUUUCAUCGACAAUGUACGACAUGAUCAACGAUUUAAAAAUCUGAAGAGUCUUGGAGAUCUUUCUCUUCUGAUGGUAGAAACACAAAAGCAUAUUGCACAUCCUUUGGUUUAUAGACUUUUGAAGUUGGUUUUGACUUUGCCGGUUGCUACUGCAAGUGUUGAAAGAUGCUUCUCAGCAAUGAAACUAGUGAAGACAUCUUUACGAAAUCGAAUGGGAGAUCAUUUUUUAAGUGAUUAUCUCAUUUGUUUUAUCGAAAAGGAAUUGCUUGACGAUGUCACAAACGAAGAAGUGUUGAUUCGAUUUCAAGCCAUGAGUGAAAGAAGGAUGCUUUUGUAAAAUGUUGUUUUUAACAUAAAAAUGUUGUUUUUAAUACUUUUUUAAUAUUUUCAUAAUUUAUUUAAUAUUAUUUACUUUAAUAAUAGUGCACCCGUGAUAAAAACUUCCUGGCUUCGCCCCUGGUCAUGGGCUCGGUAUCAUAGGGCUUUUCGAUUAAAAAAAAUAAAUAAAUGGGUUUCAACCCGUGAACCGGGUCUUCCAAGUGAGCCCGUAUGAUACGGGGUCAUGCCACGCGGCGCAGAGGGAGUGGCUACGCGAUCUCGCGUGUUGAGUGAGAAAAAAAGGGUAUCGCGUGAAAGAUCCCAUUUUCUCUUCUCUCUUCGAAAUCUAGGGUUUCUCUGUCUCUGAGGCGAUUUCGUGUCGGAGUCCAGAGCCGGAGCUUUUCUCGAUCAAUUCGUCGUCGGAGUCACUCGUAAACGCUCUCAGGUGAGUCUCAAUCACUCCGGGACGAGAUAGCUUCGAUUUGAUCUCGAGAGGUUUCUAGGUUAAGGAUGUCGAUUUGGGGGUUUCAUCUUAGGGUUGUAAAUCGAGAAGGGGGUUUCGAUUUCUUGGUUAAAAUCGACAUACGGUUUCCUUUUAGGGUUCGUUUAUCGUGGAUUUCUUGGUUAAAAUUGAUAGGCUCACUGGGAAGGUUUAUAACCUGACCGUGCAAGUGGAUCACUUGGAGAAAUGCUGCUUCGACUGAAAACACAAAGGUCACGGGUUCAAAGAGGAGGAUGCGUGGAUGGUUGCAGGUCUCUGUUUCUUUAUGUAUCAAAUCAAGUCACGGGUGGUAAUGUAGUAGUAGGUGGUUGUAGUGGUAGGGUAUGUAAGAUGGAAUCACGGGAGAGUGUAGUUUUUUUCAACUUUCUACACUCGUUUUAUGUAUCAAAUCAUGGGCAUGUCCCCACGGCUUUACUUUUGUACUCACGGGUGUAUGUACCCACAUGCUACUUGCUUCAAUGUUUUUCUAUAUAAAUGACUAUGUGUUUCAUUCAUGCA